AUGUGCACAGUACUCAUUUUCACCGUAGACGCCUUUGCUACAGUGAAGUCGCUGCGCAUUCCCACAUUUAACCCAUCCAUUUUUACCAGCGCCGCCAAUCUUAGCAACAAGGAAACCAUGUACCUUGCCACUUCGGAGCACAUUUUGCCCAUUGCUUUACGUUAUGCUACUUAUGUUUACUUCACUUUGGACAUAUUAUUGAGAGUCAUUUCUGCACAGAGCGCCAGACACUACUUUAAAUCUCUGCUGAACAUAGUCGAUGUUGUCUGGGUUGUGGUCAAUUGGUCCCUAAUCGCUGUGAGCAAUUUGUUAGGAGUAAAGUGGUUGUAUAUGUCGGCGUCAGAAGUACGGGUUUUCACUGGGCUGGUGAUGGUUGUCAUGCUGUUACGUAUAUUCCGGAUCUACCGCUUUGGUCAACAUUAUAUCCCACUGAGAGUGCUGCUGUUGACAAUGAAAGGCAGCAGCACUGAAGUGGGGCUUCUCUUUCUGUUGCUGUGCACCGGGGCGAUGGUGUUCGGGCCUCUCAUCUACGUAGCGGAGCUUGGCAACGACAACUCGUUCAUGUACAACAUCCUGAUUGGCUACUGGUGGGCCGUGGUUACCAUGACGACGGUCGGUUAUGGCGACAUCUAUCCUGUGGAUGUGCCAGGUUAUUUUGUGGGAAUUCUCUGCGUCAUCGUCGGGUUGGGGUUUAUCAGUCUCCCCAUGUCAGUGAUAAGCACUAAUUUUAGCAAAUAUCGUGAAUUUGCACGCACAUUCGGAGCUCGGAAGAGAAGCGUGGAUAGAUAUCUUUAUCAAAGUUCAACGGUCUCGCCCUCUAAACCAGCCAAGGACGAUCAAAUGGCAGAAAAUGAUGAAAAGCAAACCAUUUAA